UGACAGUAACUAGACAAAACUUCAAAUUACAUCCGUUUUAACCUUGGCUACGGUUCUUAAUGUAUUAAUUCAGUUUAUAUAAAUUUUCGUUAAAAAGAAACGUUAAGAAGUAGUGAAUAAUUAUCUUUGUAACGACUAGACUACAUUGUAUUCCAAAUGAAUACUUUAUUUUAAUUGGUGGAACGUCUAUAGAAACCACUUCAUUUGACACAGAAGUCCAGCUGUUUGUUGUAUACGGUUAACAGUAAGAAAAAUGUCAGAGAACAUAGAAAUUAGAACGAUUAUUGGAAAUAGAAAUAUCAGUACAGUUUCAGACACUCCUGUAACUGAUCCUGCUUCUGGGGAUAAGAAAGCAGUAAUCAUCAUAUGGCAACUACUAGUUUCUGAGGGCUUGGAAGGAAGUAAUGCUUUUGUCUGCCAAAGGUCUAAGUUGAGAACUGGUUUUUCCAUUAAAGAAGACUUAACAAAAUCCAAUAUCGUACUAAUGAAGAAGGCAAUUGAUAAAUAUGGUUUUUCCAAUGUCUGGAGCCAGACGGGAAAAUAUUUGCUGUUUCCAAUAAUGAGAAAAUUUUAAUUACAACUGCUAUUUUGAUUGGUAUGGUAGAGCUAUAAAUGUAAACAUUCGAAAUAUUUAGGAUUUUAUAUAUUUCUUUUUUUUUUCAGCAGUAUUUGCUUAAUUUUUUUAUCAGUGAGUUAUCGCUUUUUAAGAAUGCUAA